UUAACCGUAAAGAUCAUCAACAACUCCUUAUUGGUAGUUGAAGUUGGUUCGCGUUGGAAUUCAAGUGUCGCGGCUAGACGAGUUCGCAGUUGCACUGUAUCUAGUGAAAUCGAAAGGGACGAGAUUUUUUUUCGUCCAGGUUUAUGAACCCCGGUGUGAACUUGAACCAGAUCGAAAGUUGCAUGUGAACGUAGGUUUCGAGGAAAAGGAAAAUCAAGGGCCGGUGACAUGAAGUUCUUCAUUAGCGCAAUUAUUUUUGCCUUAUAUGCUGUAAAUCCUACAAUCUCUGAUCAAACCACUGACGAUGCAGCAUUACCAUCAGCAGAUCCUCUGGAAAACUUAAAGGAUACGCAAAAGUACAUCAGCGACAGCAUCGAAGACAAAGAUAAUCUUGAUUCAUACCUAUUCGCAUAUAACCGUGCGAAGGCCAUUGGUCAUGAGAAAGCAUUAACCCAUAAACGUGUAAAACGCACCGAACCUCAAUUUAUAAAGUUUGAGUUAUCCGAUGCAAAGGAACCAGAUGAAAUGACGAAGAAAUUCCUGAAACGGGUACGACAACAAAGGCAACUGGAAUUCGAAACAUUGAAGGUCGAACCAAAGGUGGAUAGGAGUGAUGAAGUGCUUACAGAACCGAGAGCGACGAGGAAGAGUGGGGAUCAAAUUAUCGAUGAAAGUGAAGCUAUUCAAAUCUACACUCCAAACGGUCAGCAAGUGGUGAAUAUGCGUCUAAUGCCAAUUCCUGUACGAAAAGCAAUUGAGAGUAUAGUACAGAAAAGAAGUUUAUAUGAAAAUCCUCCCGCAAAGAGAUACGCAGCAUCUCUUGAUAUUGCAAACACUGGGAAUAGUAUAGCUCCUCUAUAUGGCGAUAUUCCCUACAACUUUGACAACACUCUUUAUAAAGGGAACAUCAACUUGGAUUUUGCCAAUCAAAUCCCUUAUAUUCCAGCGCUUUUCCCGUCACAUAAUCUAGUAACUAUCCCCGAACCUAUAAUAACUCCCGUUGCUCUUCCUCUAUCUGACCCUAAACAUCAGGUUCAACCGGCUAAAGAAAAACCUAAAUUGAAAUAUGUCCAUUUUGCGAAGCCUCUACUUCGACCAGCCCCAGCUAAAUUUGAAGCGUCUUCAUCGCCUUCUCAACCGCAUAAUAAUGUGAACAUAAACCUUCCGCCGGGAGAGAAAAAAAUCGAAAUCAACUUCGAUAACAUAGGAGUUGACAUUCUAAAGAAUGGUGUUGACGAAACUGGCCCAGCUGAGGAGAAACUCAUCGCUUAUCCAAAGUUUGCAAUUCCUGGCAACGCAGAGGCAAUGAGCAAAGCACUGACGGACUUAAUAUCUAAAACGCCAACAGAACAAUUGAAAGAAUUAAGACAGCUAUUAACCAACAAACCAGUGGCACAAAAACUACAAUUGAAUGCAGAGGAGAAUACAGCGCCAAUCCUGUUCCCACCAGUCAAGCCUGCAAAUUCAUCGCCAAAAGCAGUUGGAGGUAGCUUUGAAGACAAUUUUGAGCAUUUGGCGCCUGUGACAGAUGCACCCAGGGACUAUACUCCUAUUACUGAGCAAUUAGACGAUGUUACCCCUGAACCUUUUGCGCACUAUAUUCCCAUAAAAACGCAUUCAAUUGCCUUCGGUCCUACGACUCCAGCUACACCGCUUUUGUUACCAACGCCAACUUCUUUCAAAGAAGUAAAUUUGGAUCUAUCUCCAAACUAUCACGCAGUCGAGUUUACCCAGCAUGACAGCAGAAAGUUACAGUACGCAUCGAAAUACAAUUUCGGGUACAGAAUUCGUGACUUCCACACGGGAAAUGAUUUUGGCCACACGGAGAAACGUGACGAUGACGGAGUAACCAGAGGACAAUAUCACAUCCUGCUUCCCGACGGGCGAGUGCAGAAUGUUGAGUAUCAUGUGGAUGACACCGGCUACCACGCUGACGUUACUUACCAGAGUGUUCACUAGAGUACUUUUUCAUAUUCCACACGAGUAACUUUAUAUUAUCAAUUUAGGAAUUUAAUCUGCCCCUUUGGGUUAUUUUCAGCCCCGAGGACUCAUUGCUCGUUAGUAUUAACUCAUAUGUGUUUCUUCAUUUUGUAGUCUUGGGAAAAGUGCAAUAUUUUUACCAUACACCUGCAUACAUACCUUCAUACAUAAAACUCAUUUACAACAUGCACAUCCUUCUUCCUUUCAUCCCAUUGUUUACAUUAAUAGAUUUAGGUUUUGUUGCUCUAAGUUAUUAGUUCUUGUUGUUGUUAUUGAAAUGUUUUUGUUCUCAAUAAAUUUCGAUCUUGUUUUCAAAAAUAUGCAAAAGAUA